UCUCCAAACCAGUGAAAUAGUGGUGCUAUAUAUAAAUUCACAUGGAUAAUCUUUCAUCAAUAACUCUAAAGAAUUAAAGAGAAAGAAAAAAAAAAAAAGAGAGAGUUAAUUUGUAACCUGAAGGGGUCCAUCGAUCCCAUUUUGUCUCGUUUGUUUGAGGAACAAGAAGAAGCGAUGAUGGGUUGAAGGCGUCCAUCGAAACGACAAGGGCAGUGUGCGUCUCGCGUAGCGAAAAGUGAUUGAAUUCCGCGGGAUGUCGAACUUGUACGGCGAUUACAACCAAAAGAUCGAUUACGUCUACAAAGUGGUGUUGAUCGGUGACUCCGCCGUGGGCAAGACCCAGCUCCUCGCGCGCUUCGCCAAGAACCAAUUCAGCGCCGAUUCCAAAGCCACCAUCGGCGUUGAGUUUCAAACCAAAACGCUCAUCAUCGAUAACAAGAUCGUUAAGGCACAAAUAUGGGACACCGCAGGCCAAGAAAGGUACAGGGCAGUUACUAGUGCAUAUUAUCGCGGUGCUGUUGGAGCAAUGUUAGUUUAUGACAUGAGUAAGCGUCAAUCAUUUGAUCACAUGGUAAGGUGGUUAGAGGAACUGAGAGGCCAUGCUGACAAAAACAUCGUUGUAAUGCUAAUUGGCAACAAGUGUGAUCUUGGAACUCUUAGAGCAGUGCCAACUGAAGACGCUGAGGAGUUUGCACAAAGAGAGAACCUAUACUUUAUGGAGACAUCAGCACUUGAGUCCACUAAUGUUGAAACUGCCUUUCUCACCAUUCUAACUGAGAUAUACAGACUCAGCAGCAGGAAAACACUUACUGCUAAUGAUGAUGCAGAUUCAAAUGGUAGUGCAGGGCUUCUGAAGGGAACCAAGAUAAUUGUUCCUAGCCAUGACAUGAAUUCUGGUGAAAAGAAGGGUGGUUGUUGUGUAUAAUCCUAGAUUUUGCUUCUUCUUGGAAAGCAUAUUGCUCCCUUUGGCUCUGCCUACAUGUGGUGUUUGUAAAGAGGGUAGAUACUUUUCUUGGAGUCUGUCAGGAUACAAGUUUAUAGAGUUUCUUUAUUAAAAAAUAUUUUUUAUUUUUAGUAGAAAAACUCUUUAAAAUACUUUUAGCUUGUAUCCAAACAGGAUUUUGGUCAUUCCAUCAACAAAAUGUAGGCUAUAUUUAUUUUACACUGCUUGCUGAUUGCAGGCAUACAGUUUUUUUUCUUUUGUUUUGGUCCUUUCUAGCUUUAGGAUUUCAUUUUGUUAAUACAAAUAUCCCGGUUGAGAAGGGAUGGUUCAAUUCAGAUAGAGGAAUGGGAACUGUAUAAACUUACUGGAUGCAAUUAUUUUUGGUCUGUAGUUUGAAACUUUUAGUGUUCAUGUUGUCUUUUGAAACUGUGUCUUGGGCACUUGCAUAUUGUUAUAGAAUGCAAAAUUAGCGGAUCUAAUCAA